AUGAAAUCCGUCGUUGUUCUGAACACCGAAAGCGACAGCAGUAAAGCUCAUACACUCAAGAACUUCUUAAGAGGCAAAAUGCAAGAUAUGCCGGCAAACUUGAGAAGUAUAAUCGAUAUCUUAGCAGAGGACCUGGACUUCAAGAAGCAAUUUCAUCGCAGUGAUUGUGUCCUGUUAAUCGGAUCGCACCGAGCCUCGUCCCUCAUUCAAAGCAAACAGCAAGAAACCGAGGACGAAUUCAUCACCUUCGACGGAAAGUUUAUACAUGACGAGCUGACAGAAAACAAAGAACUUGUCAGGAACAAACUGGUUAUGGUUUUCUUAACGGAAAGAAAAGCGAGUGAUUGGAUCCCAAAUGGCCUAGAUGAGAAAAGAAUAUUUGAUCUGCAUAACGAAAAAAUUUACAGAGGUAAUCCCGCCCUAACCCACCUUGAAUAUACCAUGAGGAGAGUACUGGGAGAGACAAAGCUGGAUUGGUAA